AUGAAAAAGUUUUUAACAGGGAUGAAAAGAAAAGCGGAGAGAGACAAAGAUAAUGAGAGAAAAGAAAGUCACCCGAAAGCUAAGACGAGGAAAUACGACGAAGCGUAUUUAGCGCUUGGCUUCACUGUCACUACAGUUGGAGAAGAGGAAAGACCGGUGUGUUUGCUGUGUCUAAAAAUGCUCGCAGCGGACAGCAUGAAGCCAAAUAAAUUAGCGCGUCACUUAAAUACAUUACACCCCAAUCACGCCGAUAAGCCGCUAGAGUUUUUUCAGCGAAAACGUGCUGAAUAUUGCCAACAGUCAUCCCGCUUUGUGAAGGCUACUUCAGUAAACCAUCGAGCGCUGUUAGCAUCAUAUAAGGUGGCGUACCAAAUUGCGCAGUGCAAAAAGCCCCACACCAUAGCAGAGGAGCUGAUACUGCCUGCAGCAUUAGACAUGGUCUCUGUCAUGCUGGACGACGCCAGUGCAGCAAAACUAAAAACUAUCCCUCUGUCCAAUGACACUGUCGCCAGACGUAUAGAUGACAUUGCUAACGAUCUUCAAGAACAGCUGGUAGAUAAACUCAAAGACAAACGUUUUGCCUUACAAUUUGAUGAAGCAACUGACAGCAACAAAGACUGUCUGUUUAUUGCUUAUGUACGUUUUGACAUGUCUAACUCCCUGUGUGAGGAUCUACUUUUUUGUAAAUAUGUCAGGGACAGAGCCACAGCUGAGGAGCUAUUCAAAAUUCUGGACUCCUUUCUGACUGAGAAUGGGCUAAAGUGGGAGAACUGCAUUGGUGUUUGCAGUGAUGGUGCACAAACCAUGGCAGGGAAGAGAAAAGGACUUAGGGCACUCAUCAAGACAGCCUCACCUCAUGCUGAGUGGACACACUGUAUUAUACACAGAGAAGCACUUGCAUCCAGGCAACUUUCCCCUGAAUUAAGUGAGGUUAUGACUGACAUCAUAGAUGUAGUCAAUUUUAUAAAGACCAGACCACUAAAAACAAGAGUCUUCUCUGCCAUCUGUGAGGAGAUGGGAGCUGAACAUCAAACUGUGCUCUAUCACAGUGAAGCAAGGUGGUUUUCACGAGGAAAAGUCUUGUCCCGUGUUUUUGAGCUCAGAGAGCAAAUAAGAGUGUUUUUGGAGCAGGAGCACAAGUAUGAAGUGGCAGAAAAAUUUUGUGAUGAGAACUUCCUGGGAAAACUGGCCUACCUGAGUGACAUAUUUGGAAAGCUAAAUGAACUGAAUCUACAGCUUCAAGGGAAAGAUAAACACCUCCCUCAGGUCACAGACAAGAUUAGCUCUUUCACCCGAAAGCUUGCAAUGUGGGGCAGGCAACUUGAUGAAGGAAACACAGAUUCAUUUGAGAACCUGCAUGAAUUUGUAGACACUAAUGACUAUGAUGCUAUCUCAGUGAUUCCACACAUUAAGCAGCAUAUUUCUUCACUGAUUGGAUUCUUUAAAAAGUACUUCCCUGAAAACAGUUCCCAGUAUGACUGGGUGAGAGACCCUUUCAGUGCAGCAGCUCCAACUGGUUUCAGCUCUGCAGAAGAGGAGCAGUUCAUUGACAUGACGUCUGACUCCACACUGAGACUGAGGUUCACAUCACAGACACUCAGUGCAUUCUGGCUGAGUGUAGAGAGGCAGUAUCCACUCUUAGGAGAGAAAGCUAUAAGCAUUCUGCUUCCUUUUGCAACAUCUUACCUUUGUGAGAUUGGCUUCUCUGCUGUUGCUGCACUGAAGACCAAGUACAGGUCCCAGCUAAACAUUGAGCAGGAGCUGAGAGUUGCACUAUCAUGCUUCGAACCUCGCUUCGAAAAGCUGUGCACUGCAAAACGUGCUCAUUGUAGCCAUUAA